AUGCGGUCACUCCUGCUUACCCGGCUACCCGGACUCCUGCUUUUAUCACCACCACUAAAGGUUCUACUUUUCAUACGUGCUCCAAGGCCAGAUAUUGCAUAUGAUAAGCAGAGUAUCGAGGAAUGGCUCACGGAGUUUGUGAAUUAUUGUGAAUCAAAAGAUCAAUUGGCAGAUAUCUUAACCAAAGCUGUUUGUAGUUUUUUUGGAGGAUGGGGAAGUGGAGGCAGUGGUUUGGAAAGAUGA